AUGAAAAGGAGUGCUGCCUGGCGAUAUUUUGAUCAAGACGACGAAUCUGACAUAAGUAAAGUAUCUUGCACCAUUUGCGGGGAAGUUUUAAGCCGUGCAAACAACAUGUCAAACUUGUUCAAGCAUUUGAAAUGUAAGCACAACGCGGAGUACAAAACCGUGGACGCAGAGAAGAAAGAACAGGAAAAAUCACAGGCAAACAAAAGAAAGGCUACUCCAAAGCAAAUGACCAUGCAAUCGGCACUCGGAAGAGGAACAACUUACCCUAUCUCUUCGAAACGGUGGGGAGACAUAACAGAAUCAUUGGUAGGAAUGAUCGCCAAGGUAAGUGUAUCGUAAUUUUUAAACAAUAUAUUUUGUAAUACUUUCUGUAAUAAAUGGUAGUUAUAUUCAUUAUUAAUAUAUUACUUUACGCUGUAUUAUUUAAUAUUAUCUUAGCAUUGUAGUAUAAUAUUAUGUUCGUCUAUUGUUACUAUAUUAUGACCAAUAAGGCAAUAUUGUUUUGCUGAUUAUUUUUAAUAGGACAUGCAGCCUCUUUCUGUUGUUGAGAAUGAAGGAUUCAUUAAAUUUGUUAAGGAGUUGGAUCCGCGGUAUCAGCUACCUAGUCGUUCUACUAUCACAAGGUCACUACUUCCAAAAAAGUAUGAAAAACUAAAGGAUGCUGUAAAACGUGAACUGACGCAAGUAAAACAUGUUGCUCUGACAACAGAUCUGUGGACUUCUAAUCAAACUUUAAGUUAUCUCACUCUUACCUGCCACUUCAUUGACCACGAAAUGCAAUUGUGUUCAAAGGUCCUUGAAACAUUGUACGUACAGAAGGACCACACUGCACCAAACCUUGCAGAAGAAUUGAAAAAUAUUGCAAAAGAGUGGGAGAUAACUCAGAAGAUCUGUUGCAUUAUCACAGAUAAUCAGGGGUUUCAGAAUAAGCCGGUGGCCGGCAGAGUUCCGCCUGCUACUUGAACUUUUACCGCCGGCUACUUUUCGUCUGGUCACAGGAAAAAUUUUAUAUACAAAAGUACAAGCGAACCAACACGAUGUUUGUUAUGUUCCAAUUGGGAUUCAAGUUAGCCUCGAAUUUCCCUGAAAAUCAAUUGACGGCAAUGGCGUUAAAAAUUGCCGUAGAACGUAACAGCUGCUACGGCAAUUUUGUCAGUUUCCACGGCAUUUUUUUUUCAAAUUGCUGUAAUAAAAAUUUAAUUUUAUUGUUACAGACUUUGGAUUGCUGACAAGCUAGAAACAUGUUUACGUAUUUCUUUAGUGGGUUUUUUUUAAGAAAACUGAGACUAAAAUGGUAAUUUACGGAUGAUUUGAUGACAUCUGAAUUCAAGUAUCAAAAUAGUAAUGCACAGUGAACAUGAGUUUAAAAAUUAUACUAUACGGCAAAAAAUUGGCGUCAUUCAUGCGGCAACGAUCCACAGCAUUUUGUUCUCCCUCUAAAGCAAUUGCCGCGAUAAAAUUCAAGCCCUGAAUUCAAGCAAAACAUCACUUAUUUUGGAAGAUCAAUAAGAUAAAUUAUAAUACAUAUAGUACCAAACCUAGCAAAAGAAAGAAGUGGUGAAGUGAAGUUCAUUACGUACAUAAGAGUAUAACAUCAUAUGAUUAAUGAUUUCGGACUCAUAAAAUAAUUACUAUUACUGUGGUGUACAUUGUCAUUCUGUUCAUGCAGCUGUAAAAAUUAAACUACAAGUAGCACAUUAAAGUACAUUGUCACUUAUAAGUAUGAGGGCGGACCAUUUGAUUUUUGAAGGGGGGGGGGUGGAAGAUUUCGAAAAAAAAAUUCCUGCAAUCCAAGGAGAAAGAAAAAAAAACGUGCAGCAUACAAUCGAGGAAAAAAAUAUCAUGCAAAAGAAAGCGCUCAAAAAAAAAAUUCCUACAUGUAAAUCUACUGACGUUCUUCACUUCAGUAUUGUGUCCACAGGCUUGCAAGAUUUUGCAUUUUUGAGCAGGCACAUUUGCUUAAAAGAACACUGGGUAAACAGUGGACAACAUCACAGGGAUUCUGGCGCCUUUGGAGUCUAUAACAUACGAUAGCCAGUGGCGUUCCCUGGCAAAAUUGUUGCCCCCCCCUGAGAAAAUCUGGGCUUAAGAUAUGUACAAGUUUAUAAGUUAUUUAUACAUAUCUAAUAUGCAUGGUAGAAAAAGUAUUUUUGGAUGGUUGUGUCUGUGUGCGUUGAUAACAUAGCUCCAAACUGUUAAAGCUUCAAAGGCCCAUCUACAGGAUGCAAGUUGAACGUACUGUAUAUACGACGAUUUUAAUGCGAAAAUGCCAGUUUAGAGAGUCUAGAUUUUAAAAAAUUUCUGAAGAGGAUGCAACCCGAUCCCCAGCAAGCUAUUUGUAUGAACGAUUGAAAAGCUACAGAGCUAUAUUUGGUGGAAAAUUGUUGUUUCAGAGGGCAGUUAAAAAUCGCAUUAUUGAAAUCUUGUUUUAUUACAUAUUAAUCAAAGCUCAUGUUGUGAUUUUCCCUUGUUUAAAAUAAAGGACAGUAAGUGUUCCUUAGGCUUAGUACAGCAAAGUUGUUGGACGAAUCCAUGGCUGAAAACGCAGGAAAUAGCAUUUCCGAGGUUCAAAUUUUAAAAUUUUCUCGUGGGAGCAUGCCCCCGAAACCCCCAAGGUUACAGGUCAUUCAUAUACUGUACCUCCCCAAUUUUCGAUUACUCUACUCUAUCCCUGCAUGUUUUAGGUUUUGGUGCAGUUAUACAUAUUUUGUAGGUAAACCUGCACGCUUUAGUGUGGGGAACAUUAAGACAUAACCAUAUAAAAUAAAGCACAGUGAAAAUUCCUUGGCCACUCUUGGGAUUCAGGCUUGGCCUCCUCUGACUGAAAACCCUGGCUAACGUCUCUGACGAUAGCUAUAUGAAAGCCUUAAGUUACUGUAAGCAGUUAUUAUGAGGGGCAAAAAAAAUAUCCUGCCGCGAAAUAUAUUGGGGGGAAAAUCUUGCGCUGCAUUUUUACAGGAAAAAAAUAUCUGUCUUAUUCCACUGGGCGGAAAAAAAUUCUUGCACAGACUGAAUCUUCCAACCCCUCCCCCCCCCCUCCCCCUCAAAAAUCUAAUGGUUCGCCCCUAAAUGCAAAUGCAUCUAAAUCUAACAUGUUAAUAGUUGUACUUUGUCUUUUUACGUAUUCUAUAUUAUUUGAUUGUUAAUUUGCGGCGAAAAAUUUUUACAUUUCCAUGCGAGGGCACGCUCCCCUCCCCGCGCGAUUUUUUUAACUAUCAGUCACAGCCGGCUACUUUCUUGGUACAACCGCCUACUUCAAAUCAUUCUGAAACCCCUGCAGUGAAAAUUCCUUGGCCACUCUUGGGAUUCAGGCUUGGCCUCCUCUGACUGAAAACCACACUUAUCCACACUUAGCUGAGCUAUUCAAGAAGUAUCUAUGCAUCCCGGCAACAUCAGUUCCAUCCGAAAGAGCGUUUUCAAAAGCUGGUGAAUUGGUUUCAAAGAAAAGGUCAAACCUAAAGCCCUCAAACAUUCACAUACUUCUAUUUCUGAACAAUAAUACGUGAACAGCACGACUGUAGUAAGAAAAAAAGUUUAUUUGUUGAAAUUCCUUACCGUUUUUGUGUAAUAACGUUAAAGUUUUGGAAUAAAAGAUAAGUGAGAAAAAAAUUGGUGCACGGUAUCGAAAGUGACCGAUACCAGCAAUAUGAGUAAUCAUUUCCGGUAUCAAAAAUAGAAAUUUUGUGUUUAUUUUGGUAUCGAAAUAGGUAUCGGUAUCGACCGAUACCGAUCUUCAAAGUAUCGGUAUCGGUAUCGAAUUAAAAUUCCUGGUAUCGCCCAUCACUAUCAUUUUGGAUAAAAAAAUUCGAUUUCCCCAGCCGGUCAUGCCACAACCUAACCCGCGAACAGGCAUACUCUGGGAACGAGAUUGUGGCUGAUUAGCAGAGGAGGUUCGACAAGCAGGCCGCAAAGCAUCAUGGGCUCGAGUGCCUAAUUCCAGGCGUGGCUUCAAUGACUCUUUGACUGUCGUGGAGUGAACAUCUCUCUGAGUAAACAAAUAUGGAAGCAUUCGAAAUACAAGAUUGUCAGGCUGCAAAACUUCGUGAAAAUAGUAUGUUAUUGCUGUAUUGUUGCGAUCCUAAUUAUGACUUGUGUUUUACUAUACCAAGUUUACCUUAUAUUAAAUUGCAUGGGACGUGCUGUCAUUUUAGCUUUAUAAAUAAUCCGUCUGUCAAAGCGAAGGAAUUGUGUUAUAUUCCCAAUAGCGAGGCCCUUCUUUCUAAGUUGGAUGGCGUUAAAUAUCUGUGUAUCAUCAACGUGAAAACAAGCGCAGUAUUUAAGGUUAGUAUAUUACAAUGCAUUUAAUACAGUUGACUUGUUAUUUGGUCAAAUUUCCGCUUUGCUGUUUUCAAUAUUGUACUGUAAUGGGCUAUUCCAUUUAAAAUCCGUACACCCCCUGUCGAGGAUACAUGUUUUUUAUGGUUAUACCCCUGAAGAAUUCCAAGCUCAAAACCUUUUACCCCUGAAGAAUUCCAAAAUUCCAAGCUCAAAACCCUUUACCCUGAAGAAUUCCAAGCUCAAAACCUUUUACCCCUGAAGAAUUCCAAGCUCAAAACCCUUUACCCCUGAAAAAUUGCAAGCUCAAAACCUUUUACGCCUGAAGAAUUCCAAGCUGAAAACCCUUUACCCCUGAAGAAUUCCAAACUCUGAAAAAUUUCAAAUCAAACCUCCUUACCCCUGAAGAAUUCCAAGCUCAAAACCCUUUACCCCUGAAGAAUUCCAACCUCAAAACACUUUACCCCUGAAGAAUUCCAAGCUCAAAACACUUUACCCCUGAAGAAUUCCAACCUCAAAACACUUUACCCCUGAAGAAUUCCAGGGAUCCUCGACAGGGGGGAGUACGGAUAUUAAAUGGAAUAGCCCAAUUUUAUAAAUACACUGUAUAAAUUAUGGCGUAAUAUUUCUAAUAAUUUAACCCUUUAGUUUGACCCUACUCCUGAUGAGUUUGCUAACGAAAACACCCAGCAUAUGCUUUUGAUUUUGGAUUUCGAUGAUGAUCAUAUAUUGACAGCGAAUAGAAUUGAUGAUGAACAUUCAGAUGAUGAACAUUGGUUCUCAGAUGAGUCUGAAGGUAUAUUGUUAUUCAGUUAUUUGUAUGGUUUUAUAAAUUUUUGCUGAGUGUAAUGCCUGUUUGUAUCUAGUUGUGGGUGGUUGUUUAAAUGUGCAAACUGUAAUUUAAUAUUUUUUUAAUUUUCAUCUAAAUAUUGCUGUUUGUAUAUUUUUGCUAAUUUUAGAGAUGACAAUGUAUCAAAUAAUAAUUUCCUUGUUUAAUAUGAUUUUGUAGAAAGAGAUUUACUUGAGUGGUUGGCUGGUCUUGAACCUGUUCAAGAUGUAUAUGAUAAUGAAAGAGGUGAUCAAGGUGAUAGGGCAGAAAGUGAUGACAAGUUAAGUGAUGAAGACGAAAGUGAUGGGGAGGAAGAAAUCGCCCACUCUGUACCAUUCAAGUGCAUCGGUGCUGCUCAUGAGAAAAACUAUUGACAUCAUUUGGAAAAUAAAGGCAUAAUACCUCGCUCUUCAUGAACAAGAUAAAACAGUGAAUUCAAUGUAAGAAUACGGCCAGCACCGUUGAAUCCAAGGGACCCAAGUGCAAUGGUCAAUUCCAGCUUUUAGGUUAUGCAUGCAGGGGGUGAUGGGAAGUAAGGUAUCAUAUUGCUGAUAAUGCUGAAAAAAUAGAAAUGGUGGCCAUGUAAACAUGGAGAGGUAGCUAUUGUAAAUAUUGAAAUAUUUUGGUUGUUUAGGCAGUUUAUUAAAAUGUUUCAGCAUAAUCAGCAAUAUGAUACCUUACUUCCCGUCACCCCCUGCAUGCAUAAAUUAAAAGCUGGAAUUGCCUAUUGAUCUAGACUAUGGAACUGUAUGGACACAUGUUGGUUAUAUUGCUUCUGAACUAUGCAAGUAUUUGCACCCACUAAUUGCUGCAGGAGAUGUUGUGGAUGUCUAUGUUCAGUGUAUCAAGUAUAGGGUUGACUUUUUUAAUUAAAAAUAGGAUUUUAUCCAAAAAUUUUCAUAAAGACACCUGGGGCCGGUUGUUCAAUGGUGGGUUAGCGCUAACCCUGGGUUAAAAUUUAACCUGCUGUUUUAGUUUGUGUACUUCUACACAUAGAUCUGUGUAUUUCAAAACUUCGGAGAAGUAAACUUCUAUCGAUCCAGACAAGAUCUCUGAAGAAAUAUUUCCAAAUUUAUAGAAAAGCUGUCAGGAUCGGAAGUUUGCUUCGAAUUUUAGGUUAACCAUGGGUUAAACUAACCCAGCUUUGAACAACCGGCCCCUGGUGAGUGGAGACUCGAGUGGUAGGAAAAAGCAUGAGUGUAUGUUGACAGAUGUUUUUUAUAUAAUAAAUAGCAACUACCAAGCUAUGUUUAGCAAGUUAAUAGUGCAUUUAUUUCAAUUGGCUAACUUUUUUAGUUUUUCCAGCAUUUUUUAAACAAACCAUAGGUUAUGAAUGAUAACUGGGUAUAUCUAAUUAAACCAAUCUGUCAUGUACACUCAUGUAAAUAAGACUAAGUACAUAAAUAACUGUAAAAAAUGUACUUUAGUAAAUAAAUGAAUAUUUAUUCAUACACUUGACCUACUAUGUGAGUAUUUUUUCAGAUUAAAAUUAAUGCAACAAUAAAACAAGAAGAUGUCUAUUUAUAUAAUAUUUAUUAAGUUGAUCAGAGAUCCCACUUCAGCUCAGAAACCACUGCCAGCAGGGAAAGAUCCCACAAUAACAUGCCACUUAAUUUGUUAUAUGAUACAUAAAAAACUUAUUUUAUUGCUUUAAAACAAGUGAAACUCUCUGCUGGCUUGAAAUGGGCUGUUAUGACACUGAUUUGUCCAUGCUGAGGAUUCCGCAGCUCGAUUUGCCACAAAAACCCCAGUAUCAGGCGAUCAGCUCGUCUUGAAAUACGUACACGAUCCAGUCGCGUCGGUCAAAGACAACAAAACUUUGAAAAUCGCACAGAUAUAAAUUCUAAAAAAAUAUUAAAACAACUCCUAAGUCUUCUAAAUAAUAUUUUAACACUUUAACAAAAAUUCAUUGAAAAUAUCAUCUUUGAUGGCGCAUUUUCUUUCCAAGGUAUUAGACGCCAUUUUAGCGAACGUCGAGUUGACAAUAGUCACUUCAACGGUCAAUAUCUCGAAAACUGCCGGGGGAUCACCGGGAUCAUUCCAGCAGAUUUAAAGCUUAUACUUUUGUCUUGACGACUACCAAAAAAUAAAGAAAAUCGAACCAUGGGAAUUCUAGAUAUUUCAUUUUAAACAUUGUAAACAUAUUCAGACUUGAGUCAACACGUCGCGGGGAGUCGACUAACUUCAAACAUCAAAAUAACAUUGAAAAUAACAUUUACCUCAGAGAUUUCUGCAGAUAUCACCAGAUCUUUAGCAGUAGUACUACUACACUUGAAAUUUUGCAAGAAAAUUUUAAUAUUAAUAUUUUUUUCAGAUUUAUUUUCCGUCGAAUGCAAAUUUUUCUGUCCAAAUUCUGCAGAUAACACGAUGGAAAAUAGAGCGAUCUCAUUGGUCGAGAGCUCACGUGACAACUCGCUAAUUGCUUGUCGUACCUCCUCUGGCUGAUUAGGCAACCUCGUACCCCACUAUGAGUUAUGAUUGAAAUAAUAUUCAGGGUUGCCAGUUUGGCGUUAAGAGAGCCAAAUUUCUCGAUUUUGGCUUCUUUUGAUUUCGUUUGGCUACUAAAAAUUUCGUUUGGCUUCUAUUUUUUGGCUCUUUUUGGCUUCUUUUUGAAUAAAUACUGAAAUAAGCAACUUUUCAAAAAUAGUCUGCCAUCCAUCAGUAAAAGUUAGUUAUAAACUCUGCCAGUGCUUCCAUUUUUAAAAUCAAAAUUUCUCAUUUUUGUCAUCAAAAUUUCUCUAAAUUCCUUAGAUUGUAUAUGUUAUUUCCUUGAAAAUUCCUUGAAAUUUCAUGAAGCAGUUUGCAGUGAUUUUGUAGCAAUGCAAAGGAUUUAAUUAAUUUUCAAGGCACAAAAUAGCACAAUUAACAAAGAUGUGGGCAAGCUAAAAACCACAGGCUAUUAUACUAUUUAAAAUUAAAUAUUUGUUAUGAAUUUUACAAGAGAUAUCUUUACAUUGAUAUAAUUAAUUAACUAUUCACAGCAUUUGGCGCCAAAAGUUACUAAAUCCCAUCGCUCAAAAACUUUUGGAAAUUUUCGGAAGCAUGAGGAAAAGUUAAAAACAGAUUUUGAAUUGAAGAUAAUUGCUAAUUCACUCAAAAAUUAAAAAAAUAGUGAAACCUUCUUCUUCACUAAUGCCCUUGGAUGAAUAUUUAAGUUUUUCAGAAAAAAUCCUUAGAUUUCCUUAGAUUUUUUCUCUUCCUUAGAUUUUCCUUUUCGACAGAACAGCUGGGAAAUUUGUUGCGCAUGCGCCAGAUUUCCAUUUCAAACUUGAAGAUUUCCCCGAAGAAAUAUUACGAGAUGUUCGUGGUUGUUGUAUAUUUCUGUUGAAUGCCUGUUUUAUGGCGUCAAAAGUCCGCCAAAAUUCAACCUUGUUAUUUUAUGUUGAACAUUUUUCAUUUCUUUGGACUUUUUGUAUUCUCCAUUCAAGUUUGCAUUUCGUUCAUUGAACUUUUUGCAUUCGACAUUCAAGUUUGUAUCUACAUUCAUAAGUUCUCAUUUUAUUCGACUGUUCGCAUUUUACAUUCAAGUUUGCAUUUUAUUCAUUAAACUUUUUGCAUUCGACAUUCAAGUUUGUAUUCUACAUUCAUAAGUUCUCAUUUUAUUCGACAGUUCGCAUUUUACAUUCAAGUUUGCAUUUUAUUCAUUAAACUUUUUGCAUUCGACAUUCAAGUUUGUAUUCUACAUUCAUAAGUUCUCAUUUUAUUCGACUGUUCGCAUUUUACAUUCAAGAUUACAUUUUAUUCAAGUUUUUCAAUUGUGCAUCCAACCGCAAUCCACGAGGCAUGAGUGAUCGUGGGCUCAAACGAUGGUUCGCGCGGUUUUUAGCAUAGCAUUUUCACGAAAUCGAUCGCAAGCACUGAUCGCAAGUCGGAAACUUUAUAAAAUAUUUCGCACUUGGCAUCAGAUAUAUAUUCAUGUCGAGAAGAAGUGAAAGAAGCGAAGUUAACGAAGUGCGAGCAUUUUUGAUGCAGGCAGCCCAUAGACUUUUGUCGUUGGAAACGACUUCAGCACCUGGUAAGUCAAUAUUUAAUACAAUCUGUUUGAAAACCCUGUAUUGAUGUAUUCGACUAUUUAGUAAAGUUGUUUAUUCGUCAAGGGAGAGUCUUGUACUCUAAUAGGUUAAUAUGAAAUUAAAUAUCCAUGUAUCAGGUUGAUCUUGAAAUGGACAAUAUAUACAGAUGGGUGCUCAUAGGCAGGGUUAUACAUAUAAAGUGAAGUACAAAUAAUUAAUGUGUUUAUAUAUUUCCCUAUUGAAACAAAGUUUACGUCACGUGUGACAGUUGAUAAUAUUUUUUGGUUUUCAUGUGAAACAGCUCUGAGGAUGAUGCUUUUCAAAUGGAAAAGGGUGCGCACAUCCUAUACUGCAGUCUAUAUCUAAUCAUAUUCUUUAAAGCAAUUUUAUGAUUUUUUUAAAUAAAAGACCUUUCCAUGAGACCUAUGGCACAGAAUAAAGACACGCGGAAGGUCGACUCGCGUAACCGCUUCCAUGGGCCUGGCCAGUGCACUUAUAAGAGGCAUUACCCCCCUGGACGUCCGCCAUUUUGAAUAUUUUCAGGGUGGUAAAUGCCUCUCAAAUGCGCACUGCCCAUGGAAUCAGCAUUUUGAUGACGAAUUAGGCCAAAAAAAAAUAUGUGGGUUUCCGGUUUCUUCUUAUAAAAACUUAGGUAGGGUAGGUCGGUUUUAACUUUUUUUUUUAAUUUUUUUUUUUUAAUUUUCCGAACAAGCGGACGCCAUUUUGUUUAGUCAGUGCUUCCACAUCCAAAGAUAAAUUUCCCUAAUAUUGCCUCAAAUUUCAAUUUUCCACAAACUUUUUCCUCUAAGUGGAAACACUUACAACCAUGAUCCAAUAAAAAAGUUUAGGGUCGGGAUUUCGACAUCCAAAAGCUAGGUAGGGUCGGGAAACCGGAAACCCACAUAUUUUUCUUUUUGGCCUUACAGUUACGCGAAAAUCAUAUGAAAAUCAUAGGGAAAACCAGGAAGUCGACCUUAUGUGUGUCUAAUAUUCUGUGCCUAUGGUAAACCUUGUUACUUAUUGUAAAGUAUAAAACUUUAUAUUACAUUAUAUCUCAGGGGCCUUUUAUGGCAGGGUAUAAACUCAUUAUAAAGUGCUUUUUAUCAGGGAACUUACUGGGGGUGCAUACCUGAACCAAAUAAUGACUUGGCAGGGCAUUUUUCAAACAAAAAAGAUAAUAUUGGGGGCCAAUUUAACACUCAGACUUGGGACUUGUAUUUAAAAAAAAAAUCUAACUAUAGCCAUACUGUGGGUCCUCAUUGAUGAUGAUAGCUGGAUUGAUAAACAAUUACAGAUACAUCCUGUUUGAUGACCAUAUAUAAAGAAAAAGCACACCCUGUCGUGUCAAUUAGUUGUAUCUAUCCCAGCUCUUUUUUUAUAAUUUAUUCUGCUUGUGGGCAAUAUAAUAAUAACACAUCCUUUAACUCAACUGAAUGUCUUUAGCAAUACAUUAUGGGUAUUGUAACUCAUUUUUGUCUAUAAUUAACUUUAUAAAAAAUAUUUAUAAUCUGUUUUAUAUGUAAAUGAUUUACAGUAAGUAAUUUUUAUUUAGCUAAUCAAUCUACAAGUGGUAACACUAUACCAAGUAAUCAAUCCCAAAAUGCUCUUAUUGGCCAAUCAUCAUGCCAGUCACCUAGAGCACCUAUGCAACCAGGACAACGUGCUGUUACUCAAAGUGUUCCGCCAGUUUCUGCUCUUGUAGAACAGAGAAGGCUUUUUAAUUUUGGUAGAAGAUCACAAUCACCAAAUACAGCUGCCAAGCCAAGUAAAAAGAAAAAACUACCCACCUGCACCCUCAAAUUUAUGUGCCUUGCAUCAAAAGAUGGCCAGCGCCCACCAACUUCAAUCAGGGAACGAACAGAAUUAGCAAAUGCUGGAUUAGGAGACAAGAGUAUUACAUUCACACAAAAUGGCGAGUCUGUUUACAGGUUACUAUUGGAAAAAUUCCCAAAGCUGGAAAAUGCUGGAGGGUUUGAUCUAUCACUGUUUCAAAGAAGUGUAGGUGAUGAUUACGGUUUUCACACCAUAAGCCCACCACAUACUCGUACUAGACUUAAAGACAUUUGUGGCCAAGCAAAAAUGUACAUUAGACCUCUUCAACAAGAUAUUGAUCUUGAAGUGAGAAAUGUGGAAAUAGAUCAUUCCGCUGAC